GGGCGGUGGGCGUGGCUUCGGGGCCCUGUUGUCUGCGCUCCCCCAUCGGCGGCCAUGGAGGACCCUUCGCGGUUGAUGGCACCGCACGGAGCCGGGGUUGCCCUUCAGGGUGGUCUCCCCCCUGGGGGUCCCGCUGCCCCAACCGCUACUUCGGGGGAUCCGAGCUCUGUGCCCCCCCCGGCCCCUCCCCCUCACGAUACGGGCGACGUUCUGCAGCAGAUUAUGGCCAUCACCGAUCAGAGCUUGGAUGAGGCCCAGGCGAGGAAACACGCCCUGAACUGCCACAGGAUGAAGCCUGCUCUGUUCAGCGUGCUCUGCGAGAUCAAGGAGAAAACAGUGUUAAGUAUUCGUGGUAUUCAGGAAGAAGACCCCCCCGAUGCCCAACUAAUGAGACUAGAUAACAUGUUGCUGGCGGAGGGCGUCUCCGGCCCCGAGAAAAGAGGAAGAGGAGCACCGAUGGCUGUAGCAGCAACACCAGGUGGCUGUCCAAAUGACAAUAGCAUUGAGCACUCUGACUACAGGGCCAAGCUGUCACAGAUCCGACAGAUUUACCACUCUGAGCUAGAGAAAUAUGAACAGGCCUGCAGCGAGUUCACCACCCACGUCAUGAACCUGCUGAGGGAACAGAGCCGGACGAGACCCAUUUCUCCCAAAGAAAUCGAGCGGAUGGUGAACAUCAUCCACGGCAAAUUCAGCACCAUCCAGAUGCAGCUGAAGCAGAGCACGUGCGAGGCGGUGAUGAUCCUCCGCUCACGCUUCCUUGAUGCAAGGCGUAAGCGGCGUAACUUCAGCAAGCAGGCAACAGAAGUGCUGAAUGAGUAUUUCUAUUCGCAUCUGAGCAAUCCUUACCCCAGCGAAGAGGCCAAAGAGGAGCUGGCAAAGAAGGGUGGCAUCACCGUUUCGCAGGUUUCCAACUGGUUUGGUAACAAAAGAAUUCGGUACAAGAAGAACAUGGGGAAGUUCCAAGAAGAAGCCAACAUUUACGCUGCGAAAACAGCAGUGGAUGCAACCAAUGUUGUGGCUCAGGGCAACCGGGCAAACUCCCCAUCGACACCAAAUUCAGGUAAGGGAGAGAGCUUUGGAAGCCUCCAGUUCCUUCUCGUGACGAUGAGUGCCAUGAAUGGUUGGAAAUGCUCACAGGAUUAA